CGCCGCAACACAUCACAAAAAUGGCCCAAAACUACUUCUCCCCCUACGCCCCCCGCCGGCGCUCCAACCGCAUGGUUCUCAUCUGGGUCACCCUCUUCUUCUCCAUCAUCUUCUUCAUGUGGUGGAUACAAACUCGUCACCACGACGCCGCACGCGCCUACGCAGACUUGCUUGUCCGGGGCCCGAGGAUGGAAGGGGAUAACGCGAGGGGUGGGAGGAUUUUGGAAGAUGCGUAAAUGAAAAGGGGGGGAAAUCAUGUUCCAAAACAUGUCCGGAAGGAGG